AACUCCAAAGAAAUAUUAUGCAGACUGUGUCUUAAUAUUAUUACCGAAAGAAGCUGCGAAAUAAUAGGAGAAGGCGUAAGGAAGGUUUUGAAAGUACUUAUGCCGAGUGUGAAUCUGGAGGAGAGAGAUAAUCAUGCAAUAUGUAAAGCAUGCAGUGUAAAAUUAUUGGCGGCCUUUAAUUUUAAAUCAACAUGUAUGGAUACGGAGGGCAUUAUUGUUCCUUAUGUUAUCUCCACCAAAUAUUCAACGGUUGACUUAAAAGAAGUUUAUCUAAAGGAGAAAGGAAACAUUCACUUAAUCGAUAUAUCAGAAAAUCAUAGGAUUUGUCGAUUAUGUAUUCAGUUGGUGACAUAUGGAUUUGUGUCACUAAAUGAAGUGGAUGUUGACAUAAUCAACGCAUGUAUACCAGAAGUUAACGUCACAGCUACUAUGGAUCCCAUUAUAUGUAAUCCGUGUUUUGAUUCACUGCGUACUCAUGGCGGGUUUUUAAAGAAUUGCCUUGAUGCACAGGAAAAUUAUAAAAAUGCAGAUGAGCAGUCUUGUAUUAAAACUGAAGAAAUUGAAGUAAAACUGGAAGACGGUCACGGUAUACAGGAGAAACAUAAAAAUGUCGAGCAAUUUUAUGUUAAAACUGAAAAGAUUGAAAUAAAAUUGGAAGUAGAUAGUCAGGGUCCGCAAGAGAACUAUAAAUGUGUUGAAAACCAGUGUUACAUUAAAUGUGAAGAUGUUGCAAUAAAAUUAGAGGCUCAAGAUUGUGAUUCAUUUGACUUAUAUGAUGAAUCGGUUGAGAGCGAAAAGAAGUGCACCUCAGAAGAUUUAGGAGAAACAAAGACUAAAUGUGUGCUUAAAUAUGAGACAGGAUUAAAUGAAAACUGUACAGCAUCGAUGUUUGGUUACAACAUCGAAGUAUCCAAAAAUGAAAAGUCUAGAUUCCAAAAAUGUGACCCUUUAUUAGAGAAGCGAUUCCAUCAAUGUGAUAAAUGUAAAUAUAAAACUAAACUUAAAGCUAAUCUAAAAAGGCAUCGGUUAAUGCACGAAAAUCCUUCAGUACAAACCGAGGUACAAACUUACAGGUGUGAUAGGUGCAACUAUGAAACUAAACUGAAGUAUCGUUUAAAAAUGCAUCAGUUAUCACACAUGGACCCUUCAGAAAUCCAAAUGUACAAGUGUGAUACUUGCGAUUUUGAAACCAAAUAUAAGGCUCAUCUAAAAGUGCAUCAGAUAACGCACAAAGAACCUUCGGAAAUCCAAAUGUACAAGUGUGAUACAUGUAGUUAUGAAGCUAAAUAUAAGAGUAAUUUAAACAGUCAUCAGCUGAUGCAUAAAGAUCCUACGGAAAUACAAAUGUGGAAGUGCGAUACUUGUGGUUUUGAAACUAAACUCAAGAGUCAGUUGAAAAGACAUCAGUUAUCACACAAAGACCCUUCGGAAAUCCAAAUGUACAAGUGUGAUACAUGUAGUUAUGAAGCUAAACAUAAAAGUCAUCUGAAAAGGCACCAGUUAUUGCACAAAGACCCUUCGGAAAUACAGAUGUGGAAAUGUGAUACGUGUAAUUUCGAAACUAAAUACAAGAGUCAAUUGAAAAGACAUCACUUAUCACAUGAAAACCCUUCAGAAAUCCAAAUGUACAAAUGCGACUCUUGUACCUAUGAAACUAAGUAUAAGUACGCUUUAGACAGACAUCAGAUAAUGCACAAAAAUAUUUCAAAAAUUCAAAUGUACAAAUGUGAUACUUGUGUCUAUGCAACUAAAUAUAAGAGUGGUCUAAAAGUGCAUCAACUAAUGCACAAAGACACUUCGAAGAUUGGAAAGUUCAAGUGUGACUCGUGUAGCUAUGAAACUAAGUAUAGAAACAAUUUGAGAUCACAUCAAUUGUUGCACAAAGAUUCUUCAGAAAUUGAAAUGUACAAAUGUGAUAUGUGCGAUUAUAAAGCUAAGUAUAAAAAAUAUCUAAAAGAUCAUCAGUUAACGCAUAAAGGCCCUUCGGAAAUCAAAAUGUACAAAUGUGAUACAUGUACUUUUGAAACUAAGUUCAGAAGGAGCUUAAAAUUGCAUCAAUUAAUACACAAAGAUUCUUCAGAAAUUGAAAUGUACAAAUGUGAUUCUUGUACUUAUGUAACAAAACAUAAGACUUAUCUGAGGGUGCAUCAAUUAACACACAAGGAUUCCUUAGAAGUCCAAACACAAGUUUGAUAAGUGUUAUGAAACUAAUUUUAAAACUUUAAAAUUACACAAAUGAAAUGCAUUGACUGAAAACCUGACUAUACAAAAACGAAAUCUAUUCUUUUUGUAUUCAUUUCUGAAAACACAAAGGCAACAUGACCAAUUUGAAGAAGACAUUGAAUGACAUUUUGAAGAAUUUGGCUAAGAGUGACCUCUUCUCAUUGGGAAUUAUUAACUAUUAAUUAUAACAAAGCAUAUUACUUACCUCUAAUCUCAAGUUAACGUAAUUUAUAUUUCAACAAUCAGAUCAGUCUUACGAUAGGUAUAUAACUACGAUUUAAUAUAAAGCAAUUAUAUUGUUUGUCCUGUCUUAUUCGAAUAAAGAAAUGUGUGAAAAAUAUCGAAAGUUAUUGGACAUAAGUCAUUAUAAAACAGUUUAAUUUUAUUCUAAAUUACUAAAAGAA